AUGGCGAGUGCUUUGAAGAAAUUUGGCGAAAAGAUCCUCGGAGAUUCGAAACAACUCAAGAAGCUAUUCAAAGAGAUCACCCCUGGCGGUCGCAUCCUGCCAACCAGGACCAGCAAGAAAGAUGCUGAGUACCAAUGUCGACUUGAUAUGGGAGAAGAGAUCACGGGCAAACCUGGUUAUUACAAUGUGUACCUUCAAGUCAACACUCAAGCGAAAAGUGAGGGGCUCAAAAAUUGGCUGCGGAAAAACCCACAUGGGAAUCUUGCAACAACACAAAUAAACAAAAAUGUUCUAGAAAGUGAACAAGAUAACGAAGGACGUCGUGUGGUCGAGGAUCUGAUUGAAAUGGGCAGGAGGAACCUCUGA